AUGGUUCAGGAUCUGCUUGAAAAGGGCAAGUUGAAGAACUGCAUUGCUGUCUGUGAUGUCUCUGGAAGCAUGAGUGGGACUCCAAUGGAUGUCUGCGUCGCCCUCGGGAUGUUGACUUCAGAGCUCAGUGAAGAGCCUUGGAAGGGGAGAGUGAUCACUUUCAGUGCAGAGCCUCAGCUUCAUAGAAUCGAAGGGGAGAAGCUCGUUGAUAAGAUGGAGUUUGUGAACACUGAUUUCCAAAAGGUGUUUGAUAGAUUGCUUGACGUGGCGAAGAAGGGGAAUUUGGAGGAGGAUCAGAUGAUAACGAGGGUGUUUGUGUUUAGUGACAUGGAGUUUGAUCAGGCUUUGGCGAAUUCUUUGGACACUGAUUAUGAGGUGAUAUGCAAGAAGUUCAGGGAUAACGGGUACAGGUCUUGCAUACCCGAGGUUGUGUUUUGGAAUCUGAGGGACUCGAGGUCGACCCCUGUGCCAUCUGGGCAGAAGGGUGUUGCCUUGGUCAGCGGUUUCUUGAAGAAUUUGAUGAAGGUUUUCUUGGAAGGCGAUGGUGAUAUUGAUCCAGUGAAGGUCAUGGAGGAUGCUCUGCCUUUAUUAAUUAUUUGCUUUGUGUUCGUCAACCCAUUACCCAAAACCCCAAACUUGGCAGCCAAGGAACCUGACCCUAUAAAUUUCCAGCUCUUCUCCCCCUCCCUUCAACGCACGAUCCCAAAAAAAAAAAGCCCCAAAUCCCCAGAGAAUUCCCCAGUUUCUAAAACCCUUAAGAAAAAAAAAUCCCUAAUCCCAAAAUGUCUCUCGUUGGCCCUCCCCAACUCCGCCGGUUCCUCCGGCAACCCCGCCCUCGAUUUCUUCUUCCAGGUCGUCCCCGACACCGCCGCCGAUGUCGUCUUCGGGCUCCUCUCCUCGGCGUGGGCCCAGGAUGCUUUGACCGCUCUCAAGCUCGUGGCCCACCUCCGUGGGGUCCGGGGCACCGGGAAGUCCGAUAAAGAGGGUUUUUAUGCUUCUGCUCUCUGGCUCCAUGAGAACCACCCCAAAACCCUGGCUCUCAAUGUUGGCUCUUUCGCUGAAUUUGGAUACAUGAAGGAUCUGCUCGAGAUCCUCUACCGCCUUCUUAAUGGACGGGAUACUCGAAAGCUGGCCAAAGACGAGCGAAACAGAGCAAAGAGCCGUGGAGUUCAACGAUGGAGGCAGCACCGGGCUUCAUCGAUGAAGAAGCCCAAGAAGGCCCAGAAGGCUGAGGCCAGGGAGAAGAGGGUAGAGGAUGAGCUUGCAAAGAUGAAGAUGGAGAGCGAGAAGGCUGCAGGGCUUAGGAGGUCAAAAAGGACGGAUCUUGCGAAGCUAGCUAUUGAGAGGUACAACAGAGACCCAAAUUAUCGAUUCUUGCACGAUCGUAUCUCGGAGUUUUUCGCAGCUAUGCUGGAGUCCGACGCAGAGCAGCUGAAAUUGGGGAACCUGAACAAAAUCGGGCUUGCAGCAAAAUGGUGCCCUUCGCUUGAUUCUUCCUUCGACAGAUGGACACUUAUGUGUGAGAGCAUCGCUCGCCGGCUGUGGCCUAAGGAUUCCACAGACGAGUAUAAGGAGACUGAAGAAGAGCACUAUGCUUACAGGGUUCGCGAUCGAUUGAGAAGGGAGGUGCUUGUCCCUCUCCGCAAGGCUCUUGAGCUGCCGGAGGCAUACAUGAGCGCCGGGAAAUGGGACCAACUCCCAUACAGGAGGGUCGCCUCGGUUGCCAUGAAAAACUACACGAAGAUCUUCAAGAAGCACGACGAGGCUCGUUUCUCAGAGUACUUGUCAAGAGUUAAGGAAGGGAAGGAGAAGAUUGCAGCUGGGGCUUUGCUCCCCCACGAGAUUCUUGCUUCUGCUCAUGACAAAGAGGCCGGUGAUGUUGCGGAGCUUCAAUGGAAUAGAAUGGUUCAGGAUCUGCUUGAAAAGGGCAAGCUGAAGAACUGCAUUGCCGUCUGUGAUGUCUCUGGAAGCAUGAGCGGGACUCCAAUGGAUGUCUGCGUCGCCCUCGGGAUGUUGAUUUCAGAGCUCAGCGAAGAGCCUUGGAAGGGGAGAGUGAUCACUUUCAGCGCAAAUCCUCAGCUUCAUAGAAUCGAAGGGGAGAAGCUCGUUGAUAAGAUGGAGUUUGUGAAGAGAAUGGAUUGGGGAAUGAACACUGAUUUCCAAAAGGUGUUCGAUAGGUUGCUUGAUGUGGCGAAGAAGGGGAAUUUGAAGGAGGAUCAGAUGAUAAAGAGGGUGUUUGUGUUUAGCGACAUGGAGUUUGAUCAGGCUUCGGCAUGUUCUUGGGAGACUGACUAUGAGGUGAUAUGCAAGAAGUUCAGGGAUAACGGGUACGGGUCUUGCAUACCCGAGAUUGUGUUUUGGAAUCUGAGGGACUCGAGGUCGACCCCGGUUCCAUCUGGGCAGAAGGGAGUUGCCUUGGUCAGCGGGUUCUCGAAGAAUUUGGUGAAGAUUUUCUUGGAAGGGGAUGGAGAUUUUAGCCCGGUGACUAUCAUGGAGGAUGCUAUUUCUGGCAAGGAGUAUCAGAAGCUCGUGGUGUUCGAUUGAGAUGGUGUAACUGCCGUUAAUGCUGUAACUGUGACUUCCAAACCUUUCUUUUGAAAUGAGAUGCUUUAGUUAGUAGUACUUUGAAUUAUGCUCAGUUUUUCUGUUAAGGACUCUACAAUAUUCGAUAAUGGUGCAUGUGCUUUUCCUUGA